ACAAUUCCCCAACAUGGCCACAGCAGUCUUUCUGUUAACGCCAGUGUUUCUCCUUUUGGUGAAUCAACACAACCGAUCGAAGGGAAAAAUAGUUUUCAGUGUAUUGUAAACAUCAUGACACAGAUUUGCACGAAUAGAGGCAGUUCUGCAACACAGUACAAGGACUGGAUACAAGCAACGCAGUACUGGGUGUGGACCCUGACUACUAUAGGCGGUCUGGGGAACCUGCUCACCAUAUUGGUCAUCCUGCAUCAGCUGUGCAUAGGAUACGCGUGGAAACACCGACCCCGCGGUUCUCUCAAGAGACAAGGCAGCAAUUUCCACGUCGAGAAGCCUGUCCUCCCCUUCGAGGGCCACACCCUCCUCCUGCUUCACCUGAGCUUCUGCGACCUCUUGUACGCUACUGUGAGCCUUCCCCUGACUGCCACGGCCUACGGGUAUGCCCUCGACGGUGCCACGCAGGAACUCGAAGGCCUGUGCCCGGUCGCUGCCUUCCUGAGGUACACCAACGCCCUGGCGGAGUGGCUGACACUCGGGCUCUUGGCGUUCCAGCGGUGCGUGGACCUCGGCCGCUGGAGGAGCGCGAGGUUCUUCCAGCCCGCGGCCACGGGGGCCCUCAUCGCCGGCAUCUGGGUAGUCAGCGUCGCCCUCCAGCUCCUGCCCUUCGCUGUGAGUGGCUACGGUUACUCCUGCGAAAACUUCAAGUGCGAUGUCACAAAUGAUGUCCUCAAGUUUAUUUUCUACGCCCUUCAGUCGCUCCUGCCGUGUAUUUUGAUGUUCAGUGGAUGUAUUGGACUGUUGUACCAACUGCGGAAGUAUACCAAGGAAAUGGAAAACAUGAAAUUGGUUUCCAACGUCUCGAGGAAGCGCCUGGUCAAAUCCUCCAUCCUCGUGCUCUCUCUCCUCCUCCUAUUCCUCAUCUGCGUGGUUCCCAUCUGCAUCCACAACCUCAUCCCGAAAAGCGCCAUUAGCCCGGACAUCCACAUACCCACAGGAAUCGCCUUCUACAAGAUCUACUGGCUCCAAUACGCGCUGAACUUCAUGCUGUACAACAUCAUGAGUGCCAACUUCAGGAGUGCCUACCGCCGUUUCUUCAGCCUGUUGUUUCCUUGCUGUUGUUCUCCUGUUGGGGAUUCAGGCAACAUAUCCAAUAUUCCAGUUUCGCAAAGCUGUAUAAGUGACACGCAGAGGGAGAACCUGUCAGUUAGUACUCAAAGUGAUUUUAGGGGGACGGCUACUAGGUUUUGAAUCUUGCAUA